AUGAUGGGUGUGAGUCUUGCAACUGGCCAACUUUCGGCACAAAUUCUUGGACAUGCUGGACGUGGCAAUAUUGGCAAAGCGGCAGCGAUGAGUCGUGCUACGUUGGUCGGUGCUGCAGCAGUUGCACCAUUCCUUGUACGCUUCCACCGGGAGCAGAUGGAGCAAUUCGAUCAUGCACCAUUGUGCUAUAUUUGCGCAUUGUUCAGUGUGGCCACGAUUCCACUCGUUCAUAUUUACGGAAGAUUUAUGCAUGCUCAUUUUAUGUUUCUGCCACGGGCCCACAAAGCAUAG